ACUACUUUAUAUUAUGAAUUAAAAGGUGGAUUUUUUGCUGCUAUAUUUUACAAUUUGUAAGAUUAAUUCUUUAUUUGCGUGCUAAAACAGUAAAACAAAAAUGAAGGAUCCUUUUGUUACCGACUCCUAUAUUGAUUCGCCUACACGGGACAGUUUAAAGCAUAUUGACGGGUGUUACAAUAAAAAUAUAUUUAAAAACAAAUCCUUUAUGAAUUCUCGUCGUGCCUUACAAUCUGGUGCAGAUAAAAUCUCAAGAACGUUCAAGAAUAUGAGGAAUACUUUUGGAGACUUGUCUCAGCAUUUCAGACUGGGUGGAAGAAGGAGGCACCGAUUAGCUGAAGCAACCUCACCAUGCAGAACACCAUGUACUCCUGUUACUAAGAAAAAACAGAUCCUAGGCCGCAGUCCCACAAAACUAUACAGUCCAUUUGGGAUUGAGACACCAAGGAGUAGGGACUUUAGGAUGUCUCCGUACAUGCCUAACACACCAGAACAUGAGAUUUCACCGAAACGACGCAAGGGAAUCGCUCAUUGGCACCUUUUAGGGAAGAAACCGAGAGCACUUUUUCAGUAAGAUAUUUCCAACGCACAACUCCAACCGCUUAGUAUUUACUAUUUAUUAGCUAUACCCAAGAUGUAUGAAUACGUGAUUGGUGCUAUGUGUGACUGAGACUAAUGUAAAAAAUAUACCCAUCUCAAUCAAACCACAUUCAUUCAUUUUCAAUUUCAAAGCCUUUAUUUCAACUAAUACCGGAGAAAAGUUUACAAAAAUAUAUAUAUACAUAGUGGCUAGUAUACGUCGUAACGUCAACAACACAACUUCAACGUCAUAAUAAUAGCAUAGGUGCUGCUGUUUGGUUUGCUCCAGUGCGUCCUUUCCCUGGCAAGUAUUUGCCACAGAGGACCAGUGGCACUUUUUAAAGUUGUCUGCCCACCGCGCCAAUUCGCUCUCUGGCUUCUGAGCAAAUGCCCUGUCCAUCUCCAUUUAAGCCUUUUCACUCUGGCCAUUGCGUCUUCCCAGUUUGCAACAUUCUCUGACAUGAGGGACAAGGGUGUUUACUCUGUUUUAAUUUUUUUGCUUAAAUCCACACCAGUAAAAUUCAAUAGACAAGCAAAUUACAA